AACCCGCUCAAAGCCUUCACCCAACUCUCCCCCUCCGUCUACAUCCACCGUCCAGCCAACGCCACCAUCAACCUCAAACCCCCAGAGCAAAUCAUAAUCCUCGCCUUCUGGAUGAACGCGCACCCGCGCACCCUCACCAAAUACCUAACGACCUAUCUGGACCUCUACCCGACCGCCACGAUCCUAUGUACUCUCUCGACCUCCCUGGACUUUCUGGUGCACUUCACCGCCCGCACGCAGCACGCGCGCCAGCAACCCGCCGUCGCCGCUCUCCGGGCCGCCGCCGCCGCCGCCGACGCAAGCCCAAGCUCCUCCUCCGCCCACCCGCGCGUCUACAUCCACAUGUUCUCGAACGGCGGCACCUUCGCCGUCGCCAAUCUGCUCGAGGCCUACCGGGCCGCCACGGGCCGCCCGCUGGCCGUCGAGGCCAUGCUCUACGACAGCGCCCCGGGCACGUCGACCUUCCGCGGCGGCAUGCGCGCGCUGGCCGUCGGCUUGCCGACCCACCCGGUGCUGCGGCUGCUGGGGACGCUGGCGCUCGCGGGGAUCUUGGGGUGGUCGAUGUUGCUGGCGCGGGUGUGGCCGCGCGCUGAUGGGGUGAUGGUCGGGCGGCGGGGGACGCUGGAUGCGGGGUUGGUGGUGCGGGGAGGAAGAAAGGGAGGGUCCCGCACGGCGGAGGUGGGGACCGUGCCGCGGAGGUGUUAUUUGUACUCCGAGGGGGAUCGGGUGGUCGAUGCGAGGGAUGUUGAGAGGCAUGCUGAGGAGGUGGAGAGGCGCGGGUGGGAGGUCGAGAGGGUCAAGUUUGAUGGGUCGGCGCAUGUGUCGCAUAUGAGGACUGAUCCGGAGAGGUAUUGGGGGGUCGUGAAGAAGUAUUUG